AUGCAACAAUACUCACCAUAUCCACAAUAUAGUCAAUCAUUAAUAAGAAACAAACAAGGUAGAAGGAAUAUGGGUUCAUUCUUUAUGUCUGAAUCUCUCAAGCAAGACAUAGUACACCAAAAACAAUUAUUAUAUAUGACCUUAGAUCCAAAUGACCCAAGAAUUAAAAAUAUACCACCAAUGUUAAAUAAAUAUCAUUCAUUAUACCCAUUAGACCAAGAUGGUGCAAAAGAGAAUCAAGGCAAAAUGUUUGGAUAUGUUACUUCAGUAUAUAAAGCAAUUUGUACACAAGAUGGUUUACCCUAUGCAAUUAGAAGAAUUGAAGGAUUUAGAUUAUCAAGUGAAUAUGCAUUGCAAGCAGCUGAAUCUUGGAGAAAUCUUCAACACCCAAAUAUUGUUUCAUUAAAGGAAAUUUUUGUUAGUAAAGAGUUUGGUGAUAAUACCUUAUUUUUUACAUAUGACUAUUUUCCAGGAUCAGAAACUAUUGAAAGUAAAUUUUUAAGCCAACCAAAUCAAACAUCAUUCCAACCAAUUUCAGAAUCAGUAUUAUGGAGUUUCAUUACACAACUUGUAUCAGCAUUAAAAACCAUUCACUCUUUAGGAUUAGUAUGUCGUGUCAUACACCCAAGCAAAAUAUUAUUAACAGGCAAAAAUAGAAUUAGAUUGAACGGAGUGGGCAUAUUUGAUGUUGUUAACUAUGACUCACCAAGAAAUUUAGCACAAUUCCAGCACGAAGAUUUAUUAUUAUUGGGUAGAUUAAUUUUAACAUUAGCAUGUCGUUCUGCUGCCUCUAUUACAGCUCAAAAUUUAUCAAACUCAAUCGAAUAUGUAUCCAACACCUAUUCCAAAGAUCUUUACAACCUCAUAGUUUAUUUAUUAACAAAACCAGUUAUCAACCUCCCAAACAUCGACGAAGUUGUAACAAUGAUAAGUGGUCGUCUUCUUCAAGAAAACAAUUAUUUGCACACCUAUACUGACGAUUUAGAAACAGAAUUGGGUAAAGAGUAUGAAAAUGGUCGUCUUUUUAGAUUAGUUACAAAGCUAGGCUUUAUCAACGAAAGACCUCUCUAUGAUAUGGAUCCAAGAUGGUCUGAAACUGGCGACAGAUACCUCAUCAAACUAUUCCGUGACUAUAUUUUCCAUCAAGUCUACGAUGAUGGCACACCAGUUUUAGAUUUUUAUCAUGUAGUUGAAACCCUCAAUAAAUUGGAUUGUGGCGUUGAUGAAAAAAUUUUAUUAAUGUCAAGAGAUGAACAAAGUUUACUUGUAGUCAGUUAUAAAGAUUUAAAAAAAUGUAUAGAAUUAGCUUUUUCUGAAUUGGUAUCUCAAAAAUCUCAUUUAAAUUAA